CAGCGGGCGUGACGUGGCAGUACGCAGGCGCGAGCCCCGUCAGCAGGCGGACACCCGGAGCGUCUCGCGCUGAGAGAGUUUCCGUUAGCUGCGUGUGGAGUUCGGGUCUGUUCGGGUCGGUUCGGGUCGGUUCGGGUCUCGGCAUGGGGCUGACCAUCUCCUCUCUGUUCGGGCGGCUGUUCGGGAAGAAGCAGAUGAGAAUCCUGAUGGUGGGUCUGGACGCUGCAGGAAAAACCACAAUAUUGUACAAACUGAAACUUGGAGAAAUUGUGACUACGAUCCCAACUAUCGGGUUUAACGUGGAGACGGUGGAGUACAGGAACAUCUGCUUCACCGUGUGGGAUGUUGGUGGUCAGGAUAAAAUCCGUCCGCUGUGGAGACACUACUUCCAGAACACUCAGGGUCUGAUCUUCGUGGUGGACAGUAAUGACCGAGAGAGAGUGGCCGAGUCUGCUGAUGAGCUCUCCAAAAUGCUGCAGGAAGACGAGCUGAGGGACGCCGUGCUGCUGGUGUUCGCUAACAAACAGGAUCUGCCCAACGCCAUGCCGGUCAGCGAGCUCACAGAUAAACUGGGCCUGCAGAGUCUGCGCAGCCGAACGUGGUACGUUCAGGCCACGUGCGCUACACAGGGAACCGGGCUGUAUGAAGGACUGGACUGGUUAUCCAACGAGCUGUCCAAACGCUAGUGCUGUCCAUCACCUCACACACACACACACACCGAGAGAGAGAGAGAGAGAGAGAGAGAGCGAGAUGUGUUUGUGUGUGUUUUUGUGUGUGUGUGUGUGUGUGUGUGUGUGUGUGUACACAGGUGAUCUAUCUAUGAACUCUGUUCUGAGGAACCAGUGUGUGAUGGAUGGGACUAAAAGUGGGGGGAGGGGCUAGUCAAACCAAGCGCUACCACCACCAUGUUUCUAGUUUUUUCUCUUAUUCCCUGUACUCUGUUGUCACUUUUAGUUUUAUUGCAGUGAUCCGAUUUCUUAGUAACGAGACAUAACGGGCCGACGUCACUUGAUCCGCCUGGUUCAGUUCUGAUAAAAGGAACAAGCCACGCCCCCUUUUUGAUCAGCGCACUGAUUAUGUAAUAAAAAAGUAGCGAGACGUUUAUUUUAAGUUGCACCAGUUGAACUUCGUAGAUUUGCCGUGACACUCGAGUUUACGAGCUGUUAAAAUGUUCGUUUGCACCAAAGUAGAUUCUCACAAUUUCUCAUCUCGUUAAUUAAUUAAACUAGUUGGUUAAUUGGAUAACCAUAAGUAGCAGUUUGGAUUGUCUCCCUGUUCAUCUGUCUAAACUAAAUCUAAUCUAAUCUAAUCACAGCAGCACACUGCAGGCAUCAUGUUUAUUGAUUCAUUAACAAUUAACCAAUUAGUGUCAGUAAUUAACCGUUUAAUUCGAAUGUACAGAUUUCUACAGGAAGAAAUGCGUUCUUAGUUUUUAACAUCGAAUGAAAACGUUGUUUUCCGUUGAUUUAAAAUUAAAAAAAAACUCGUAGGAGAAUUGUGCUUAUAGGAAACAGCAGCCCCUCCUCCUUUGAUCACUCUGGGGGCGGGGCUAAUUUACAGGCUGCGUCACAUGUUGCGAAUCACGGUUUUGUAAACGAUGUGAAUGGUAAACAUUGUAAGACACUUUUAAAAAUGACAAACUGCACCUUUAACAACGUUUACACGCUGAAUUACAGUUUAACCUAAAGGAAAACUCCGCCCUAAAAAUUUGCAUAUUACAUUUAUAAUUAUAACGUGAUCUUCGACAGCGUCCAGGAUUUAUUUUGCAACAAAUUUUACUUAUUUUUAAGUUUAAAUUUCUUUCAUGGCCAUGCUGCUCUAUUUCUACUUACCACUGAUUUCCUACAUUACCCACAAUGCUGUGCUGAAAGAGAGCGAUGCAGCGGCGCUUUAGUCUCUCAGUCUCUCUGUACACUCUGCUCAAACACAUCAGCUUCCAAAGCUUCAACUUUCACACCAACACCACCGUCAGCACCAUCGCCAUCGCUCGUCAUCUCCUCCAUCGCUAACGAGCCGAGUCGUGUAGCUGCAUUGCAUUCUGGGACUUUGAGUCCGGCGUUUAUUCCGUCUCCACUGCUUCUACACUCGAUGUCUCAGUAACAUGGCGCUGAAAAGUGAGCGAGUAAAGCUGCUUCGUGACAAAGGCUGUUGUUAAAAUCGCUAUAGAGAAAGUAGUUUUAUUUUUAGGAGCUGAUGGUGAAAGUGUGCUAGCUCCGCCCCCUGUGACAUCACAGCGACACACAGCCACUAACUUCACAGCAAUGACAACAAUCCAGCGCAGCAGGUUAUCACCAGAAUCGUGCAACACGUGGCAGGUGUGUGAGUAGAAAGAGACGUGACGUGUUUCAGGGUGGCGUUUCAGUUCAGCUGGUGCAGCGGGUUUCUGCUUCAGAGUUUACAGCAGUGUAAUAAAACUAAUCUACGAUUCCAGCUCCGUGUUUUAGAGCAACACCUCGUCUAAACCCCCGAGUUUUAUUUUAUAACUGGAGCCCUUAAGCGUCUGACGUCUACGUCCGCUUCGAAGGCCACCAGCACUUUUAGAUUAAACCUUUUUUUUCUUUUCCUUUGCACUCUUAACAUUCCAUCCUGAAUCGACUUCGUGUGAAUUUCAUUUCCUCAAACCAAAGUCCAAGUUCAAUGUGAAGCUUCCUGAGUGAUGAGCAGACGAGCUCGAGAGGAUCAUUCCUUCAUUUCUGUUGUACAGUUCUUCUCUCUCGCUCUCGAUCAUGUCCUUCGUGUCUCUGCUGCUGGUGUUAAUGUGAGUUCCUCGAGUGCUGCUGUUCACACUGGGGGUGUUAUUUGUGUCUGAGCUCCUCAGGUGAACGCAGCGUGGCCCUGUCAGGUGUGUUCCACACACACACUCCUUCAUUUUCAGUUAUCAGGUGAUGUCUGUGUACUUUCUGUAUCUACGGUCUUGUUAUUGAAACAAUCCUGAAGACUGCAGCAGCAUGCGCAUAGCGAAGCCUUACAGACGUGUGUCCCUUUCAUCAGGGUUUUUAAUAAAGCCGGUUAAUAAAAUAACUGCAGCUGUAGCUCCUGCUGAGGUUGUUUUGUGUGAUUUUCUUUUUUUUUAGUUUGUUUAAAAUAUUGCUUUCUAAAUCCUGCAGGUUUCAGUACUGCAGCACAAUCUGCUCUGAGCUUCUAUUAAAUCAAUCACUGAUUAGAAAAGG